AUGGCUUCAGCAGACCCCUUCGACAGUGCACUCGACCUCCUCCGCCGCCUCAACCCCAAAGACACCUCCCGCAAUGUCUCCCUCCUCUGCCAAAUCGCGCCCUCCCUGACCGAAGACCUCCUCGAGUCCGUCGACGUGCCCCUCUCCGUGAAGCGGUGCUCAAAAACCGGCCGCGACUUCCUCUGCUGCGACUACAAUCGCGACGGCGACAGCUGGCGGAGUCCAUGGAGCAACGAAUUCGAGCCAGCGCUCGAGGAUGGGGAAGCCGUCAUGUCGAGUGAGCGCGUGCGGAAGAUGGAAGUCAAAGCCAACGAUGCGUUUGACGUCUACCGCGAGCUGUACUUUGAGGGCGGCAUCUCGAGCGUGUAUCUCUGGGACGUGGACGACGGCUUCGCGGGCUGUGUUUUGCUCAAGAAGUCGGUUUCGCCGGGGGGAAAGGGCAAGGCGGCGAGCUGGGAUAGCAUACACGUGUUUGAGGCGCUUGAUCGGGCGCGGACGGCGCACUACAAGCUUACCAGCACUGUCAUCCUGAAUCUUGGCACCGAGGCCGAGGCGCUAGGGAGCAUGGAUUUGAGUGGGAACAUGGUCAGGCAGAUCGAGCAGGACAUGCCGGUCGAGGAUGAUGGCAGUCACGUGGCGAACAUCGGCAGGAUGGUUGAGGAUAUGGAGUACAAAAUGAGGAAUCUGCUGCAAGAGGUCUACUUCGGAAAAGCUAGGGAUAUCGUUGGUGAUUUGCGCAGCAUACCGUCAAUCAAGGAAACGGAGAAGGAUAAGGCGACGCAUCGCGAAAUGAUCAGUAAGAUGGCACGGUGA